UUAGGAGCAACUUCUGCUGGUGUAGGAGCACGUAAGACGGAGACCGAAGAAGUCUUGACUGUGAACAAUAAGAAAGUCAGCUAGAAGAAAAUGAGUCCUUUAUAACAUACGUUACCGGGUCUUUUGAGAAUGCAAGUUCCAACUCUGCAUUGCCUGGAACAUCAGCGGCGUCUUUUACAGUGCGCAGACUUGUAAAAGAAGCAUCCUUGAAAAACCAAAAACAAAAGGAAAAAUUACCAGAAACAAAUGAAGCUAGACUCCUUAGUACACAAGAACUUCAACGAUUGGUACUUUUGGAACAACUGCAAGUCUUUAGGCUUACAAAGAAAAUACUACUCCAGAAAAAACAAGAUCAGGAUAGCCGGCAGGAUAAUUGCGAUAGUCAAGGAGAAGUACAAGGAGCGGAUACGGAUAAUAUUCGAAGAAGUAGUACUACAAAAAGGAGAUAUCAGGUAUGUUAUCGUCGAACGAUCACAUACCGACGACAAAUUAAUACCGAGUUACGAGUGGGUUAGGAGUCCGUCUCAAAUUACUCCCGAAGAGUACUCAAUUGCCGAAGAAGAAAUCUUCAUAGACUUUACGGCAAAUGCCGAAAUCAAAAAAUAG